GCGUGCUUAUUAGCAGGAAUUUUAUAAGAUGCGCAAUUAAAUAAGUUCAAACAUGUUCAAUGAAAUCUCCAAUCACGGUAUAAUAUCCGAUCGCAGGUGCCACUGCAAAGGACAUCGUGGAAAUGAUCUGCAGAUGAUGAACACGGGCUCUGUGACGAAUUACGGAAUAAUGACCACGCGCAGGUGCAAUGGCGAACUAAAUCCACAAACUCUGAAGAUAAAAACUUUUAUUAAUCGUGGAACUUUGGUGCUGCACAAAUGUCACUGCAACUCGCAACUGCUGCAGAUCAUCGAUUUAAUAAACUACGGAAUCGUGGUUAACUGUUUGAGCUACUGCAAGUUGGUUAAGGAAGAAGCCCCCAAGCCCAUUGGAGCCCCCGAAAAUAUGGUUAAAAUCGGUCCUUUGGAAGUCAUUUUGACUUGUCAACCAAAAGUUAUGGAGGUGUCCCCCAUAAAACAACUAAAUACUCCAAAAAGUCAACUUAAAACCCCAAGAGAACUUACAGAACCCACGGAAAAAAAGUUAAGCGCUCCAAACACUAUAAUAAAAAAUGCAGUGGAAUCGUCUCUUGCAAUGGGUGUUUCGCUAAAUCAGCUGGAUUUAAAUAAACCAAAACAACUGGUAAAUCGAGCAGUGGAAACCUUGAAACUACCGGCAAAUAAACCACAACAGAAAGAUUUAAUGACACCAAUCAAUCCACUAAAACGUUCAAUCCAAACCCUGCAGGCUGUAACCACAGAGCGCCCGGAAAAAUCGGUCAGCCAGGAUACCGCGGUUAAUCCGCCUAAAAAGCUUCUUAAAACUCGUUCCCCACAGGACCCACAUCUACUUCAAACUCCAAACAGUCAAAUUUGGAUACAAAUAUAUUCACCUCAAGCAAUAUAAUUAAAAGCGGAGUGGCAUCGACCUUAAAACUGGGUGUUUCGCUAAAUCACCAGGACUUAAAUGACCCAAAAACUCCAAUGAAACUACCAGGUGGUAAACCAAAAACAAAAGAUACUCUACAACGACCAAUGAAAUCGGCUCCAAUCCCGAAAAAUCCUCAAAAUCAAAAGUUUGUAACUAGAGAGCACCCGGAAAAACCUAUAAGCCAAGGUUUAAGUUCCUCAAACAAUUUAUUAAAGCGGCCAAUGCAAACCGCGGGUAAUCCGCCCAAACAAAGUGUUUCAACUCGUUCCCCACGGGAUCCACAUCUACUUCAAACAUCAAACAACCAAAUUUAUGCGCCUACAGCAUUAACAAAUAUAAUCACUUCAAGGACAAAUAUAACAAAAAGCACAGUGGCAUCGACCUUAAAACUGAGUGUUUCGCUAAAUCAGCAGGAUUUAAAUGACCCAAAAACUCCAUUAAGACUACCAGAUGGUAAACCAAAAACGAAAGAUUCGAUACAACGUCCAAGGGAAAAUGCUGCAAUCCCGAAAAAUCCUCAAAAUCAAAAGUUUGUAACCACAAAGCGUCCGGGAAAAUCUGUCAGCCAAGAUUUAAAUUCCUCAAACAAUUUAUUAAAACGCCCGAUGCAAACCGCCGGUAAUCCGACUAAAAAGUUUUGUUCAACUCGUUCUCUACAGGUUCCACAUCCCCUUCAAACUCCAAAUAGUCUGGCUAAUCCGCCAAGAGAACUCACAAAAACCCCAAAAAAAAAUGUUAUCGCUCCAAACGCUAUUAUAAAAAGUGAAGUGGAAUCAACAAUAAGACUGGGUGGUCCGCCCAAUCAGCAGGUUUUAAUCACUAAUAAAACCUUACAGAUUGAUUUAGUUUCAAAAAUCAAAUCAAUAAAACAUGUAAUGGAAUUCGCUGUAAUCCUGAAAAAUCCACAAAACCAACCGGUUGCAUCUAAAGAGCGCCAAGAAAAGUCAGUCAGCAAAGAUAUAAUUUCCUCAAACAAUCAGUUAAAGUGCGCAAUGGAAACAGCAAUUAAUUUGUCAAAAAAUCAUCGUCCGACUGGCUCUCAACAGGAUUUACGAUCAUCCACUGUGGGGGAAAAUCCAGUCCAGAAUCCAGGUCCACUUAAAAUGUGCAGUCUUUGCGCGAAGGGAUUGCAGGAACAUUUCAAAAAUUUCCGAUUCGCAGGUAGAAUUCGGUGCACUUUCUGCUUAAACUCUAAACCAAACAAGUCCGAACUCAAAAAGCACAUGGAAACCUGUCAGCAGGAGGA